AUGUCGGGCCCGGGCGGCCGCACCGCGCUGGCGCUGCUGGGGCUGGCGCUGCCCGCACUCCUGCAGGCCCGACCCCGCUACGAGCCCACCUGGGGCUCGCUGGACGCCCGGCCGCUGCCCGCCUGGUUUGAUGAGGCGAAGUUCGGUGUCUUCAUCCACUGGGGCGUGUUCUCGGUGCCCAGCUUCGGCAGCGAGUGGUUCUGGUGGUACUGGCAGAAGGAAAAGAGAGAACCCUAUGUGAAAUUUAUGGACACAAAUUACCCACCUGGCUUCAGCUAUGAAGAUUUUGGUCCUCUGUUUACAGCAGAAUUCUUUGAUGCCAACCAGUGGGCAGAUAUUCUGAAGGCUUCCGGGGCAAAAUAUGUUGUCUUAACUUCAAAACAUCAUGAGGGCUUUACUUUGUGGGGGUCCAAGUAUUCAUGGAACUGGAAUGCUGUUGAUGUGGGACCAAAGCGAGAUCUUGUUGCUGAACUAGCAACAUCUAUUAGAAACAGGACUGACUUGCAUUUUGGGUUAUACCAUUCCCUGUUUGAAUGGUUCAAUCCUCUCUUCCUUGAGGAUGCCACCAAUGCCUUUAAGACAAGAAAGUUUCCAACCAGUAAAUCAUUACCAGAACUCUAUGAAAUUGUGACUAAGUACCAGCCAGAAAUAAUUUGGUCUGAUGGAGAUGGAAACGCUCCAGAUUCUUACUGGAACAGCACUGGUUUCUUGGCUUGGCUGUAUAAUGACAGCCCAGUCCGGGACACAGUAGUGACCAAUGACCGCUGGGGAGCUGGCAGCAUCUGUGCCCAUGGCGGCUUCUACACGUGCAGUGACCGCUACAACCCGGGGCACCUCCUGCCCCACAAGUGGGAGAACUGCAUGACCAUCGACCGCAGCUCCUGGGGCUACCGCAGGGACGCGCGGCUCCCCGAUUACCUCGCCAUCGAGGACUUGGUGAAGCAACUUGCAGAAACGGUGUCUUGUGGAGGAAAUCUCCUGAUGAAUAUUGGGCCCACUCAUGAUGGUCGCAUCGCUGUUGUGUUUGAGGAGCGCCUGAGGCAGGUGGGAGCUUGGCUGAAGGUCAACGGAGAGGCCAUCUAUGGAACAAAACCAUGGAGAGCACAGAACGACACAGUCACACCUGGAGUCUGGUACACUUUCAGCCCUGAAGAAGGGAGAGUCAAUGCUAUCUUCCUUAACUGGCCAGUCUCUGGGAUUCUGGAACUUGGUGAGCCACAGCCUAAGCUUGGAGAAACACAGGUGAAGCUGGCUGGGUACAAAGAACUGCUGAAAUGGGUUGCCCUGGGAGAAAAGGGAAUGGUUAUUGCUCUACCUCAACUGACUCCUCAGCAAAUGCCAUGUCAGUGGGGCUGGACCUUACAACUGACUGAUGUAAACUGAGCCAUACUCUGCUGGAGCCCUGGCUAGCAGGGAAUGUUCACGUUUUGCUCUUUCUUAUCACUGGUUUCAAACUUACUUGUUUAUUGAGAAAGACCAAUAAAUUCACUUUUUCUAUGAGAGGUGGGCUGUUACUUAAGGAUGAAAUGGAACAAACCUCACAAAAUCUAGCACUAGAUAACUGAUCCUCUGCAUGCAGUUUGUUUCUCUGAGUUUGUGUGAAACAUUGAGCAGCUACCUUGACCUCUACUCUUGGUUUAGUCAGUUUCUGGCCAAAUUAUGUGAAGAAUGUGCUAGGGGGGAAACAGGCACUAGACUUCUAGAGACAAAAGAAAGAAUAAAGCUCAAGCUGGUGUUCAAAUGCACAUAAGUCAGCUGUUCACCCUCUUUAAUGCAAGAAAUUUACCUUCCACAAAACUACACAGUAAAAUCUGACAGUUUUAGAGAAAAGAAUAUACUUUUUCCAGGUGUGUUUAGGUAGUGGUGGCUGGCAGUUUCAGCUGACUAGGGUAAUGUCUGCAAGAACAGGCCUGUAAGGGUUAGGAAUUAAUCAUAAAUGCAUACAGGUAAUGCAUCUGUGCAUCACUAUUUCUCAUCAUGGAAGUCAUUAGUUUUACAUGUUCCUAUUCUUGAGUAACUCCAUCCAUUAUUGGGACACAGGUAAACUAGGAGAGAGUUGGGUUUUUAUAUUUUGUAUAAUUUUACACGGGUAAAACGUGCCUCUUGUUUACAGUCUUUGUUUAUACACAGUCACCAGAGUGCCUGCUGUGGACUAUUAAACAAAGCAUACACUUCAGCGACUAACUCUUGAAAAAAGAGAAGUAAUCAGGAGUUGCAAGGGAUCUUCAACUUUGGCAAAGAGACAACUUGAAAAAUUUCCAAACUCAUCAUGUGUCAUGGUUUAUAGGGACACAAGGUGAAACUCGCAAAGAGGAGGAGAUAAAGGACAACAAAAAGCAUGAAUUGUUUUUAUUUCAGUGUAGAGACUGAAGGUUUAUUUUCCCUGAGUAA